UCAAAAUAUCAUAUGAUAAGUGAUAACAGAUAAAGACUACAGUCUACAGUCGUCAGUCUACAAUGUCAUUCCUCAAUCCUCAGCUUUGACUUUCGAGUAAUAUUAAUUUUUACUUUCGGACUUCUAAUUAAGCACAUCAAAUAUGGGAGGGGGUCAUCACGGUCCUGAAAUACCAGAUUACAGAAUUUAUAAAGUUGAAAAUGUGCCUGAACUUAUGAAGGUUAAGGAUAUUCUAGCGGUUGAUGGUUUAAAAGAUCCUUGGCUGAGGAACGAAGUAUGGAGGUAUCCUCCUAAUCAAGGGAGUGUUUAUGCACAAUAUUUCAAAUGUUGGUUCCGUGGCAAACGUGGAAUAACAAUUGGUUUUGGUUUGGCAGCUACUGUUCUUGGUCUAGAAAAGACCUACGAUUACUUUUAUCCGCCCGAACACCAUCAUAAAAAGCCAUAUUUUCCUUCUUCUAGUAUCUAAUAUUUUGUAGUAAUAAAAUAAAACCAAUGAUUUAAGUAUUCAAAUCUAAUAAUUAAAUAUAAAAUGCAGUUUGUUACUUUA